UUAAGAACUGUUGUGAAAUUUUAAAAUUUGAUUAUUAGAGAUUAAAAAAUAUUUUUUUAUUUAGAGAAAUAAAAUUAUAAACAACUACCUAGGUCAUCUGAUAGGUCACAUGAUUUAAAAAUGGCAGCGUUCACUUGUGUGCAGAUAUUUUUGAUGAUUGGGAUGCUUGUGACUGGAAGCAUAAAUACUCUAAGCAAAAAGGCACAAAACGAUUGCUCAGCGGAAGGUUAUAAAUCUGACAAACACAGUUUCGAUCAUCCUUGGUUUCAGACAUGGAUAAUGUUUAUAGGAGAAACACUGUGCUUGAUAGGACUGUGUUUACACAGAAGAAGAGAAUUGAAGGAAUACAGGAAACAAGUGACAGAGAACGAUGCUUUGAUGGUUCAGCCACAUAUUGAAGUUGGGCCUCCUGUUCAUGCAAAGAUAUUACAAUGGGUAGUCAUUGUACCAACUUGUUGUGAUCUUGUAGGAACUUCACUAGCUGGUAUUGGUUUGUUAUAUGUUGAUGCUUCAGUGUGGCAGAUGUUGAGGGGAUCUAUUAUCAUAUUUGCUGGAAUUCUUUCUAAAAUAUUUCUGAAGAGGAAAUUAAAGCUCAGUCAUUGGCUAGGUAUGCUGAUUGUGAUGAUUGGUCUCGUAUUGGUAGGAUGUUCCAGUGUUUUUAAGUCACAAAGUCAUAAAACCAACAAUAGCAAGGCACUGCUAGGUAUUUUACUGAUAAUGGGUAGUCAGAUAGUGAGUGCCAGUCAAAUGGUGAUAGAAGAAGUAUUUCUGAAGAAGAGGAAUCUUCAUCCUUUACAUGUUGUUGGGCUAGAGGGUACUUACGGAUUUCUUCUCAUGUCAUUUGUAAUGCUACCUGCUAUGUAUUUUAUACCAAAAGAUGGCGCUGGUGAUAGUUAUGAGAACAGUGUGGAUGCCUUGUAUCAGAUAUACAACAGUCCAAGACUUCUUGUGUUCUGUCUCCUCUAUCUAGGAUCUAUUGCAUUUUAUAAUUAUUUUGGGCUAGCUGUUACAAGAUCAUUAACAGCUGUACAUCGGACAUUGAUAGAUGCAUGUAGAACUAUGAUGGUGUGGGGAGUGGAUCUCAUUAUAUACUAUGCUUUUGAUAAGAACUUUGGAGAACCGUUUGACUCCACAUUUGGAAUACUGCAAAUUGAUGGUUUUCUGUUUCUUAUGAUCGGAACUGCCAUGUAUAACCAACUUAUAGACCUGAGAAAUUUUGUGCCAUGCUGUACGUUCCAGUCCAAGGAAAUGAAGGAUGUCCAACAUGACUCUAGUUACCAUGGCAAUAUACAAGAUGUUAGUUACAGUGAAGACGAGAGUGACAAUGAAAAUACAAAAUUAUUGAAAGGGAAGAGAUAAGUUUUUAGGAAAGAGAUAAGUCUUUAGGAAAGAGAUAAGUCUUUAGGAAAGAGAUAAGUCUUUGAAAAUCGAGUAGAAAUUUUAGAGAGAGUAUCUGUUAUUUAGAAACGUUUCACAAACUAAUUUUAUUUUUAUUCGUUGGUUUGAAAUAAUGUUUUAAAAUGAAUGAUAUGAAAUUAAUUUAUUUGAGAUAAUAUUUUGAAAAAGGUUGUAUAAUAGUUUGUAGUCCAACAUGAAAACAAAUCUUUUUUUAAUGGAUUUUUUUUGACAAACUUUUGGCAAUGCAAAAUUAGAUGUUUUGUUUGAAUAAAGAAAUUAUAACAAAAGUUAUAAAACAAUUAAAGGAUUGUACAAAUUUUAUUGACUUUAGAAAAUAGUCAUUGUAUGUUGCUUGGCAGAUUUUAUAUGUAUUAAAUGAUGAUGUGCAAUAAAAAUAGAUUUAGUUCAGGACUUGUUUAAUGAUGAAUAUAAACUUCCUUAACACUUAUUUGUAGAUAUUAAUAUAAAAGAAAUUUGAUAAAUCUUGGUAAUAAAUGGAAACUGAAAUUUCAAUGCUGUUCUGU